AUGUCUGCCUUUCCCGACCCGCCAUCUACUCCGGCUCGUGGCUCCGUUAACCUUACUUCGGCUACUCCAACCGGAGUGAUCAAGGACAAGAAAACUGAGGACUCAUACGAUUUCAACAUGUCCUCUGAUGACGAGCUGGUUCGGGGCCCGUCGAAGAAGGUCAAGUUGACCCCCCGUUUUUCUGCAGGAGAUGCAGAGGGAAACGACAUUCCCUUUCUAGUCGAAAGGGCCGCUUCUCCUGAAGACGAAGCCCCUGCUACUUCCCCUAUCGAUGCCGACGCUGGGUGCCUUGUUGCAACUCCUCCUCCUACCAGCCCACCUCUCGGCCCUCACGUAUGGGCUUCCAUCUCCAUUAGUAAUGACUGUCUGCCAGCAGCCACCGGGCCGGACACUUUCUCUGCUGGCGAUGAACCCCUAACUUCCCGAGCGAGCACUCCGAGCGAGCCCUGGUGCGCUAGCGACUAUCCCGUCUUCGAUCCUGACGACCCGGAUUUCGACUUUGGGACCUAUGACGGCGAGAAGUUCACCGACCCUUGCGCUUACAAGGAGCACAUAAUGGGACUAUCAAUUUGGGGACACAGCAAUCGCAUGUUCACACGACACCUCCAAGACUGCCUGCAGGGCUCGGCGGCCACCUGGUACCGAGAAGAACUAACCGAGGAAGACCGCGAAGACCUUCGUGAUGGACCUCUUGAAGACUGGCUCGAUGCUCUGCGUUACCGGUUCUCUCGGUCCCCAGAGUGGUACCUGGAGAAAAUCAACGAGAAUCCUUUGGACUUGACCGUCGUUCGACAGGGCUGGGAUGUGGAGGAUUGGAUGGCGGAGCAGUUCAAUCGCGCCAACCCAGUGAGCGACGAGCACUGGGAGGCGCUGCACAUGAUCUGGGAGUCGAUUGACCCGGCUCUGAGACAGGAUGUGCCUGAGCCGGAUAAGCAUAGUGAGUAUUGGGACUUUCUGGAGGAUCUUGAGGAUGCCUGCGAGGAGUGGCGUCGCAUGCUUGGUCUCAAGCCAAAGAAGUGA